CAGGAGUCACAAGAAGUGAAUACGAAUAUCAAUUUUCUUUACUUAAUCCGUCCGCAUUUCUCCACACUUUGCACUACUCUUGUCAUGUUUUGGAAUGUGUUUCUUGGUGACCAGACCAGGGCACCUCCACCACCGUAUGAAAGAUGGUUUGAUAUGAAACUCUGUGAAUUCCAUAACUUUCUCCAGUCUGUUCCAGUGCCCCACAGAAACUGGUUGUUACUAAUUUUUGUUUGCGGUGUAAGCAAUUUCACAAUGUUCAAACCGGGCAUAAUCCGCAACUCGUUAGCCGCCUCGACCAAUACAACUUCAGCCGACAAUCUCCUCUCACUUUAUAACAAAAUCCCAGAUUAUGCGGAGGUCAAGCACUUAGGACAUUCUGACUUUGUUCGGGCCUUGGAGAAACUCAAAGAAGAAUUUCGAAGGGUUCGAUCUUCUCUUUACAUUUCAAAUGAGGAUGGUCACCUGGAAGAUAUCGACGUUGAUGAUGUAAGCUAUUUAGAAAGCCGCCUCAAAAUUCUCAACAUACGGGAUUCAGCAUCCUUAUCUCCAAUUAGAAGACCAGGCACUGCACUUAAGAGUGCAACCGGAUAUGAACAAGGGUCCGAAAAAUCCAACUUGGAAGUGCACGGUCGCCAAAGUCAACUCCACCGAAGUCCAACAACAAGCAAUUAUGCCAUCAAUUACUUAAACUAUAACAAACCCAGUAGAUCACUAAGCUUUGUUAACUUUGACCGGAAAGAGAGGCAAAACUUUUCCUCAGAUGAAGAGGAGAACAAUAAGCGCGUAGACGAGUACACGUCGAUAAAUUCAGAAUCGUGUUCAGAAGGUUCCAGCCCAGAUUUGGGAAGUUACGCAUACCGUGAAUUUAAAGAGUAUGAACGUAAAGACUAUGUACCAAAGAAUAUUGAAAAAAGAUUACUGGAAAGAAAAGCGUUCAACAAUAGUGCUCCAUCAUUGUCAGGAGGUGGAAAGGGUCCAACUCGAGAAGACGAGGGUUCUCACUUAUUCAAAGCUCAUCCUGUACCAAGUCACGUUUAUAAACCUCUGUAUGAUUUUAUCAUGCUCAAGAAUCAACGAAGAAGCCAAAAAGUCAGGGAGCAAAGCAAACAAAAGUUGAUGGCUCAAGUGAAGCCAUUUAAUUUUGCCAAUAAGCCAUCGUCAUCAAAAUCAUUUCCUCAUGCUUCUUCGGAUAAUAAACCAUUGACAAAUUAUGAACGAGCCGCAAUGACACAAUCUCACAAAGAAGUUUUAAAUAAUGCUAAACCCCUCAAGUCAUCAAGACGAUGCUCUAGUCAUACAAAUAAUUUUCGAAUGGUGAAUCACUUCAAAGCCAAUCCAGCCCCACCAAGGACAAGAGCGCUGUUGUCAGCCAUGCGAUUAAAGGAACAGCAGGAAUAUCGUGAGCUGAAAAAGAGGCUACGAGCUGAAGCACUUUUAAAAAAUGCAGCUCUGCCACCGUCAAUGGCUGCAAGGGAUAAACGCACCAAAAUAUCUAAUACCAAACUGGAUACAAUCAUCCAAGAAUAUCAAAACUCUUGCAACAGUACAAGAGAUAAGAACAACAAAAAUCGAGAUAAGGAGCAAAGCACCGAUCUGGAUGGCGACAAUGAUAACAACACUUUCACCGAUGAGGAUCGACUAAGCGAAGAUUCCUUUCGAUAUGUUGAUGGAACCCCGAACAAUAUUUCUCCCGUGACAUCGGCAAUCAGCAGGAAACGGGGAAACUUUACGCCGUUUGGAAAGUCAAGGCAUAGUUCUGCAGCCUCCGGAAUCUUUGAGUGCACUUCUAAUGAUAAUGUGGCCUCGAGGUUGAGAAUUCAGGAAACAAGGAGGAAAGAAGCCAACCGGAUUAAACGAGAAGAGGAAGAACUCUUAAAGCUUAUGCGAAAUGAAACUCGCCGUAAGAAACUCAAAGAUUCUCAUCUUUCCGCAUGGCGUAGAGCACACAGUUAUUCCUCUCACCAGGAUAUUACAAUGCGUCGUCAGUUAAGAGAGGCUGCGUCAAUUUUAGAGAGACAAUCUUUCGUCAAAGACAUGUCAUCCAUGCUCAGCCGCGUUAGAAGUGCACCUCUGCUCCUCGAAGGAACUCGUGAGAGACGAUACGAGCCAUGCAAAAAGCACAAAGAAGAAUUCCUUCAAUAUGGAGAUCGAUCGUUAUCGAAUAACAACAAACAACUAGCUACACACAGAUUCAGUCCGCGAAAGGCAGGAAGUAGAAAUGGUAAUUGGUUUCUGGAUCGAUACGGCUUUGGCGACGAUGACGGACCAAGUCGGAGUGAAACGGUUGCACUGGCUGAGGGAAGUUUGACCAACGCUUCAGAGGAGGAAGACGAUGAUAAUGACAUGGGUGGUGCCGACGAGAAUGACGAUACAGCCAAUUAUGCUGAGAACGACGAGAAUAAAAUAGUGCCCACACCGAUGCCACGCAAUACGAAGAAAAAACAUGUCCGAGUCAAUCUGGUUGAUAAUGAUGGGGAAGGAUUGCACAGUGAAUCAGUCGAUAAAGAAUGAAUUAAACCAUGUUUAAAAACACAUCUAAAAGUAAUUAAUCAUGGAAAGAAGAUAAUCAAUUUCUUGAGACAAUCAACCAAUUGUGAGUAGUAAUAUGUAAUAGUUUACUUUAAUCAAUUUUUUCUACAUUUUUCACUUUCAAUAAACUAUACAUAAUUAUGUCCCUUACAAAUUUA